UAUAAAUACAUACCACCCACAUGCCCAUGUUUCAUUUUCCAUACACAAAUUAAAACCGACACCAAAUUAAAGCAAUUUUGACAGAAUGAGUUCCCAGAAGACAAGCAUUCAGAAUGUUCUUGCUCCUACGACAAGGCCACCUCCUAACUCCAAACCUCCAACCACUGGGACUAAGUUGCCUACUGUCCAACAGGUUUUUGCUAGAAGGCCAAAAUCGCAUUGCCAUGUUUUAUCGGCAUUCAGCAGUGUCUGCAGGAUUGAUAGACACAACCCACACCGAUUGGAAUUACUUAGCCAUUGCACAAUGAGUUCCCAAAAGCGAAUUCAGGAUGUUCUUGCUCACUCAACAAGGCCACCCUCUGAGAGUAGCAAGUCCGAAACUUCAAGCAGUGGAGUCAUAACCAUUCAUAAUGUUCUUAUCCAUACAACAAGACCACCUCCUAAGAUUAGUACCUCCAAAUCUUCAACCACUCGACCAAAUUGA